AAUUUGUAAACAUCCGUAAACCUCGAACUUCGGCUCCCACACGUGACAUCAGAUAACUGUUUUAGCUGUAUGAGUGUAGUGGCGCAACGUCUGGCCAGGUUUGGUCUCACCAAUUUGCAGAAGACCUCCAACCUCCAUAUUCGAAACAUGUCAGGAGAUAUUUCAGGAAUGAGAAAGCCAUAUCGGACUCAACAAGAAUGUUUUGAUAUUCAGCAUCUGGUAGCCAAGGAGCCAUUUGAACAGUUUCGUCAGUGGUUUGAUGAAGCUCGGACAGUAGAUGGGAUAGAGGCGAAUGCCAUGUCUUUGGCCACCGCUACAAGGAAUGGUGCGCCAUCGGUCAGAAUGGUUUUACUGAAAGGUUUAAGCUCGGAGGGCUUCACCUUCUUCACAAACUACGAAAGCAGGAAGGCAAAAGAAUUGGGGGAGAACCCUAGAUGCAGCCUCAUGUUCUACUGGGAGCCCCUGAAGAGAUGUGUGAGGGUUGAGGGGAAUGUGGAGAAGGUGUCGGAGGAGGAGUCAUUGACCUACUUCCAGUCUCGUCCCCGUGACAGCCAGCUUGGCGCCAUUGUCAGUCAACAGGGUCAGGUGAUCACCAGCAGACAGGCACUGGACCAGAGGAAUGAAGAGCUACAGAAGGAAUAUUCUAAUGAAAGCAAGGCCGUCCCUAAGCCUGAUUACUGGGGAGGCUACCUUGUUCGUCCAACAGUGGUGGAGUUCUGGCAGGGACAGUCAAACCGACUACAUGAUCGUAUUGUCUUCCGUCACCUUCAGCCAGGGGACACAAUCAACACAGAAACCACCCACCAGGGGGACAAUGGUUGGGUGUAUGAGAGACUCUCCCCUUAGACUUUCAUGGGGCAUAUUUUAAGUUACUUUGCCUGCAUAUUUUUCUUCCCAAGCCAAAUGUUUUUGAAUCAGUGACAAGAUAGACGGAUGUUUUGCCCAUAUUGCACAACUCUCAAAUCUUAUUCAUUACUGAUAUUAGUCAAGUACCCUGAAGGGAAGACAGAAGUUGCAGAGGUCAUUAAUUCUCUACUUGUUGGUUUAUGAGCCCACUGAAAAGUGAAAUAGCCUAAUGAAAAUAAUAUAUAAUGACUUCUCUAAUAGUUGUAAGGACCACAGCAUAAAAAGAAGAUAUAAACUGCAAUGAAAGUUUGAAGCAUUGUCGACCAGUAGGAGAUACCACUCUUGGUGUGACCCAUGCAGUUGUUGAAGUUGUUCAGUCAACAAAAUGGUGACAUCCAUGUGUCAUGAAUGCAGUCAAGUAGCAUUAGUUCCGUAUUCAGAAAAUCACCAAAGAAUUUCAUUUCAGAAUCAUUAUAUGUGAAAACCAAAAUUGGUGGAUAAAGGUUGUAUAUACUGUUAUUAUGACGUUUCAGUGUAGCAGUUCUGCUCUGUCAUUCUUCAACUUCAAAGACUUCGUAUCACACAAAUCACCGACAUGUUUAUUUGAAGAAAAGUUUUCAACCUGUGACAUUGUAAGAACAAAACAAAAC